CUUGCCUUUCGCUAUAGAAAGGCUCGCUUCAGUCUUUCGAUGACUUGGAGGAGUGUGACCCGGAAGUAGUGCCUCAAACUGGCCCAAGUAGAAGCCCCUCAAGCAGAAAAGAGGGCCAAACCAAGAUGUCUUCCAUCCCUGCUUCGCAUACGCCUUCACAGGUGACUGUGGCAUCACAGGUCCCUUUUGCAGACCUCUGCUCAAUUUUAGAGCAGGUACAGAAAUGUAAAUUCCGGCCAGAGAAGACAAAGCAUUUCAAAGAUUUUUUAGAUUCCUGGAGGAAAUUUCAUGACGCCCUUCACAAAGAUAACAAGGACACGACGGAUUCUUUUUAUCCUGCCAUGAGACUUAUCCUUCCACAGCUCGAAAGGGAGAGGAUGGCUUAUGGAAUUAAAGAAACUAUGCUGGCUAAGCUGUAUAUCGAAGUGCUAAAUUUACCCAAGGGGGGGAAAGAUGCUCUAAAACUUUUAAAUUAUCGAACACCUGCUGGCUCGCGGGGAGAUGCGGGAGAUUUUGCUUCCAUAGCCUAUUUUGUGCUGAAGCCAAGAUGUGUCAAGCAAGGCCAGUUGACCAUACAGCAGGUGAACAUUCUUCUAGAUUCUGUUUCUACUAAUAACGCUUCUAAACGGAAGGAUUUGGUCAAGAAGUCUCUUCUGCAGUUAAUCACUCAGAGCUCAGCACUUGAACAGAAGUGGCUGAUCAGAAUGAUCAUCAAGGAUUUGAAACUGGGGGUCAGCCAACAAACCUUAUUUUCCAUCUUCCACCCUGACGCCGCAGAGUUGUUUGGCGUCACAACUGAUCUGGAGAAGGUAUGCAGGCAGCUGCACGAUCCUUCCGUAUCUCUUAGCGAUGUUUCUAUUUCUCUCUUUUCUGCCUUUAAGCCAAUGCUCGCUGCAAUCGCCAACAUACAACAAAUUGAAAAGCAGAUGAACCAUCAGAGUUUCUACAUAGAAACCAAGUUGGACGGCGAGAGGAUACAGAUGCACAAAGACGGCGAUGUGUACAAGUAUUUCUCACGAAAUGGAUAUGAUUAUACUCAGCAGUUUGGGGCAUCGCCCCUCGAAGGUUCGUUGACUCCGUUCGUUCAUAACGUUUUCAGGAAGGAUGUUCAGAACUGCAUUCUGGAUGGCGAAAUGAUGGCCUACAACCCCACGACGCAAACCUUCACGCAGAAGGGAAGCAAGUUUGACAUCAAGAGGAUGGUGGAUGAUUCUGAACUACAGACGUGCUUCUGCGUAUUUGAUGUCCUCAUGGUGAAUAGCCGGAAGUUGGGUCAUGAGAUGUUGAGCAAAAGGUAUGAGAUACUCAACAAACUCUUUACCCCAAUAACUGGUCGAAUACAGGUCGUUCUUAAACAUCAAGCCAGCACCCGGAAAGAAGUUAUAGAUGCUCUAAACGAAGCUAUAGAUAACAGGGAAGAAGGAAUUGUAGUGAAAGACCCCACAUCGGUUUACAAGCCAGAUAAACGUGGAGAAGGAUGGCUGAAGAUCAAACCAGAGUAUGUCAGUGGGUUGAUGGAUGAGCUAGACCUUCUCAUUGUUGGGGGCUAUUGGGGGAAAGGCCAUCGUGGUGGCAUGAUGUCCCACUUCCUGUGUGCAGUUGCUGAGAUACCUUCACCAGGUGAGAAACCAUCUGUGUUCCAUUCCAUUUGUCGUGUCGGUUCUGGCUACACUAUGAAAGAGCUGUAUGAUCUGGGCUUGAAAUUAGCGAAACACUGGAAACCAUACCGUAAAAAAGAUCCUCCUUGUAAUAUCUUGUGCGGGACAGAGAAGCCAGAGGUAUAUAUUGAGCCUUGCAAUUCAGUCAUUGUCCAGGUUAAAGCGGCUGAGAUUGUGAGUAGUGAUAUGUACAAAACUGAUUGUACGUUGCGUUUCCCUCGAAUUGAGAAGAUCAGAGAGGAUAAGGAGUGGUAUGAAUGUACAACUCUUGACCUUUUAGAGCAGCUCAGAGGCAAAGCAUCGGGGAAGCUGGCAACAAAGCACCUUGACGUUGAGCACGAUGAGCCGCAAGGGAAAAAACGUAAACCUGUACCCAAGGUUAAAAAAAGAAUCGGAGUCAUGGAUCAUUUCAAAGCCCCCGACCUUUCUAACGUCAGCAGACUUUCCAGCAUAUUUGAAGACGUGGAGUUUUGUGUUAUGACAGGGACAGAAAGCUGUCCGAAAAAUGAGCUAGAAAGCAAAAUAGCGGAAUUUGGUGGCAGCGUCGUACAAAACCCAGGCUCGGACACGUAUUGUGUUGUCGUAGGGACUGAGAACAUCCGAGUGAGAAAUAUUAUUUCUUCCAACAAGCAUGACGUUGUGAGAGCAGAGUGGCUUUUACAGUGCUUUGAAAGGCAGGCGUUUGUGCCGUGGCAGCCCACUUUCAUGAUUCACAUGUCCUCCGAAACGAAAGAACACUUUGCCUGCAAGUAUGACCGUUAUGGCGACAGUUAUACCGCUGAUACUGAUGUGACCCAGUUAAAGGAGUUGUUCUCGAAGAUGAGCAACUUGAGGGAGAAGAUCUCUUGGGACGCGAUCGCUGACCUAGAAGCACGAUAUUCUUGGGACAGCUCUGUGCUCAGUAUGUUCAGGCAGCACACUGUUUACCUGGACCUUCCUGAAGUGAAUGAUUCGAGACAUAAAGUUAAUCAGACAAGGCUGUUAACCAACUCAUUGAUGCUUCGUUUUCAUGGAGCGAGAGUCGCCUUGCAGCUGGAGGAAGGGGUGUCCCACGUAAUUAUCGGGGAAGAUCGUGGUCGGGUAAAGGAGAUCAAGGCAAUCAGACGAACAUUUAAAAGGAAAUUUAAAAUUCUGUCUGAACAGUGGGUAAAGGAUUCCAUAAGGGCUGGGGAGUUACAAAAUGAAGAUGUUUACUUGAUUUAAAUGAGAUUUUAUUUAGCAGGGAAGGAGAUACUUGAUGUAGUUUACACGGGGCUUGUUUUGUAGCAGGAACUCCUUUGCAUAUUAGGCCACACACCCCUGAUGUAGCCAGUCCUCCAAGAGCUUACAGAAGGCCUUGUGAGAAGAGCCCUCUAAGCUCUUGGAGGAUUGGCUGCAUCAGGGGUGUGCGGCUUAAGAUGCAAAGGAGUCCCUGCUACAAAAAAAGCUCUGAUUCUUACACAAGAGAAUUUUGCCAGGCUCUUUUAAAUCCUCCCUUCUCUGUUUUAAUUUUAAGUGUGGGGAAUGAAAUAAAGCUUUCAAAUACAUUUCAGAAGAAAGAGAAUUGCCAUUGCUUGGGGGUUUCUCUCCUUUUAAUCUAGGUUGGUGCUUCUUUUACAUAGUGGCUAAAAUAUUCCUAGGCUGAUUAGAACUCAGUUUGAAGACUUGUUAACCUGCAACAAUUUGAACCCAUUUAAUCAUGCUGAGGCCGAGAAGUCAACAUGGCUUUAAAAAAAUAUCCAAGCAUUAUAGUAGAUGGGCAGUUAGUCAUUCUGAAACUGCUGUCUGCUUGAGAAGGGGAAAUAGAUCUAUCUUUUAAAGUUUUCUGAUGAUAGAACUAUGUUGUGGCAAAUUGUAGGCCAUUAUAGCAAGAAUUUGCUCUGUCACAUUGCACCUUCUGGCGCUAACCACCAGGGGUGGAAUUCUAGCAGGAGCUCCUUUGCAUAUUAAGCCACACCCCUGAUUUAGCCAAUCCUCCAAGAGCUUACAAGGCUCUUUUUUCUAAGCUCCUGGUGGAUGGGCUACAUCAAGGGGGUGUGGCCUAAUAUGCAAAGGAGAUCCUGCUAGAAUUCCACCCCUGCUAACCAUGUAAUCUGCUGUAGCAUGUUAGUUGUAAUUAAAAAAAAUACAUUAAAUUGCAGUCUCUUAAAAUAAAUUAUGCAAAGGCCAGUUUUAGGCAUGUUUUAUGUAAAGUGGAAUUGUUUGACAACAUUUAUUUUCUCCUCCUGACUGACUACUUUUUUAAAUCUAAAAGAAAGGAUCUAUAUUGAGUUUUUAUUUUUGUGGCCUUAAUUUCCUCUGCGCUAGAAUCCAAAAUGUCAGAUUAUUACUGUACCAAACAUACCCAAGAAAUCACUGUGGUCUCUCAAGAAGGGGAAUUUUGGGGUAAUAAUCUGAACGCGAGUUUGAACAAAAGAGAGGUCUGGCAGUAUUGAAAUAAUUGGUUUUAAACAGCUUUGCACUUUUAGAACAUAAAUUAGUUCCACAGAUAGUGUAAGAUAUUUUUUCAUAGUCUCUAAAUAUUCUGUACUGAAUUAUACCAAUAAAAAUGCUUGUUUUUUUAAAAAUAAA